AUGUUAUCAAAACGCAUCGCCAUAAAGUCUUCCCUUUUUAGUUCUUUUUCUUUCGCUAUCUCUUAUUAUCUCUCUCUCUCUCUCUCUCUCUCUCUCUCUCUCUCUCUCUCUCUUUAUUUUCUACUUAUCCUAAAAUCUAUUACAUUUCCUAUAAUCACAUUUUUUAUUAUUUAUUACACUAUUUACAACUCCCUCCCCUCAUUAUCACCUCUUCCCUCUUCCCCCUCAUCUCCACUCACCACCACCACUAAUACACCAACCCAUUAUCUUCACAAAAAUCCUUUCAAUGUAACCAAGUCUUUCAACUCGUCUUCGUUUCGUUUUCUUCUUCCUCUAAACCUCAACCGAACGAUUGUCUUUCCCAACUUUUCUCUCCACGCUGUCCCCACACCCACUCAAUACAGCCAACCUCCAGGGAGUCUUACAUUGUCUUUCUUUCCGCUUCCUCCCUUCCAGUCACCCCACCAAGGGAGUGGGUGUAUUUGUGCGUGUGUACGUGUAACACUCUUUUUUCUUCUUUCCCUUUUAAUUCAUUCUUUUUUUUUCCCUUUCUCCUUUCAUAUUUUUUUCCCAUUUCCUUUAAUUUUCCUUUCCUUUCUUUCGCUGUCCUUCUUUCUCCUUCUCUUAUUUUCUUUCUUUUCUUUUUCCUUCCUUCCUUUCUUUCUUUUUCCUCUAAACUUCCUGUCUUUUUCCUUAUCUUCUUCUUUCUCUUUCCUUUUCCUUUCUUCCUUUUCGCUUUUCCUCCUUCUUUACUUUUGUCCUUAUAAUUACCCUGCAGGCAUGUACUUGGGUAUUUCGUGUAUAUUUUUCUGUUGUUAUAUACGGCAGGUGCAGCAGUUCGGCGUUAAUUUUUGCUCCAUGUCAAACAACAGACCUCUAGCCACACGAUUCAAACAUCCUUUGUUAAACUUCCCUUUCCCGACUUCCCCACUCGCAUUUCCUAUUCUCUCUUUCUUUCCCUUUUUUUUUUUUUUUCUUCUCUAUCUCUCUUUUUCUUUCUGGACCCACCUUUCUUUGUUUUCUUUUCGUUCACAGUUUUUUGAUGCUAGACAACUACUGGACAUAACUACAGCUGCUCUGAAAUGA